CACACAUACAACGCGCACCGCACAUUAGUGUGUCCGGACCCGACAAAAAGUGGCCGCGAAGUUUGUGAGGAGAGGGAGGGAAGGAGGGAGUGAGUGAGGGGGAGGGGGAGGGGAUAAAGCCGAACAACGACGAGAAGCUCAUUCGCUGAACUCCCGGGGAAGGCGGCGACGGCGGUGGUCUCGUCUCUCUCUGUGAGACCAGUGCCUCCCGACUCGGGGCUCAGGUGAAAAGAAGGCACGCAAUCCGCAUUUGAAAAGGAAAAAGAAUUGUUGGUGCGUGGGGUUUCCCAGAUGUCUGGAUUAUCUGCACAGGCUGUGCCUGUGUUUCAGGGUGGGCAACUUGGAGAAAGUCCCUCUGAAAUACAUCAAAACAGCUUGGGCUGGUUUAAAAUGGAUAGUGCUGAUGAAAAUGAGGAGAAUGUGCCUUUGCUGAUUGUCAGAGAGGACGUUUCUGAAGAGGAUGUUAGACAUAAUCAGAACGAUGUCAACAGAAUAGCAGCUGAUGAUGGUGUCCCAGUGAGCAACGGUCAGUCCGAGAACAAUACAAGACCGAUCCGAGAACAGACCGAUGAUGGGGACGAGGAAGAGCUAACUCUUAAAUAUGGGGCCAAACAUGUUAUCAUGCUCUUCGUGCCUGUCACCUUGUGCAUGGUGGUGGUUGUGGCAACCAUCAAAUCGGUUACUUUUUAUACACAGAAUGAUGGCCAAUUGUUGUACACUCCAUUUACAGAGGACACGGAUACCGUUGGUCAGCGAGCUGUGAACUCCAUUCUCAAUGCCAUGAUCAUGAUCAGCGUGAUUAUAGUAAUGACUCUACUGCUUGUACUUCUGUACAAGUACAGGUGCUACAAGGUAAUUCAUGGAUGGCUUAUAAUCUCUUCACUCCUGUUGCUUUUCUUCUUCUCCUUCAUCUAUUUAGGGGAGGUCUUUAAGACGUAUAACGUUGCUAUGGAUUACUUCACGCUAGCAUUAGUGAUCUGGAACUUUGGUAUAGUUGGAAUGAUCUGUAUCCAUUGGAAGGGCCCACUUCGGCUGCAACAGGCCUAUCUGAUCAUGAUCAGUGCUUUAAUGGCGCUUGUCUUCAUCAAAUACCUCCCGGAGUGGACUGCGUGGCUGAUCCUGGCUGUGAUUUCAGUAUAUGAUCUGGUUGCUGUGCUGUGUCCGAAAGGUCCCUUGCGCAUUCUGGUUGAAACUGCUCAAGAGAGAAAUGAACCAAUAUUUCCAGCUCUAAUCUAUUCUUCGACGAUGGUGUGGUUGGUUGGAAUGGCAGAUCAAGAAGCCAGAGCAAGUUCACCAGCAGACGAGCAUCUGACUUCUGCAAACAUUAGUCUUAACAACACCUGUGUUGAUGAGACUGCUGAGGGACCCACUAAUGCAGGCGAGACCAAUACCGAUGAUGGUGGAUUUGAUACAAGGUGGAGGUGUAACAGAGAUGAAACAUUGGGCAACGUUGAGUCCACUCCAGAGAGUCGAGCGGUUGUUCAGGCCAUGCCAAGCCCUCCAACGUUAGAUGACGAUCCAGAGGAGAGGGGUGUGAAGCUUGGUUUAGGGGACUUCAUAUUCUACAGUGUUCUUGUUGGAAAGGCAUCAGCAGCAGCAAGUGGAGAUUGGAAUACAACUCUAGCCUGCUUUGUUGCCAUAUUAAUUGGUUUGUGCCUUACUCUACUGCUACUUGCCAUCUUUAAGAAGGCUUUACCAGCACUUCCAAUAUCCAUUACAUUUGGGCUAGUUUUCUAUUUUGCUACAGAUAACUUGGUACGUCCAUUUAUGGACCAGCUUGCUUUUCAUCAGUUUUAUAUAUAGUAUUUUUUUUGUAGGGAGUAUUUCAAAAAUGUACUGUAAUUAUAUUGUAAUCCUGAGAACUGGAAAAGGGACUUUCAUAACUGAUCAAGAAUAUAACCAUAUCAGAAGUGGAGACAAUAAAGCAAUGUUGAACCUGUGUGGACUAUAAUUGUUACCUGCUUAAUUCAUUGGAUUUCUGAUCAAAUUAUACCUGACGUACUUCAGAAGCAAUGUACAGUGCGGGAGAAAUCUGUUUCUGUGGAACGUGAACCCUGCUGUUUCUGUGGGACUUGAACCCUGUAAGCAAUUUGAAGACCUCAAUCCAUCUGUGCUGAAGUUUGAUGCAGGGUUGGUUGGUGCGGGAUGGCGAUGGGAACAUUUUAAUUAUUUGAAAGCAGGAAAUGAAAAAUAAGUUAACAAAAUACUUUUUUUAAGAUGCACUGUUUACUGCAUAAAUCAUUUUUGAAUAUUUUCCAGAACCAUUUUCCCUGAGGUGAUCUUUCUCAAGUCAUUAGAUGUGUGACUUCUUGGGCAGAUGCAUGAUGAACUUUUUGCUUUUGUCUUGAAUCCAGGUUUUCUGAAUAAUAGCUAAACUAAUACAAAUGUGUUUUUUUUCUCCCCAUUUUACCCCAGUGAAAUACCAAUCAUGCCAUGCAUUUCCUGAAAUGUAUUUGGAAAAUAAUGUACAUGAAUGUAUUGCAACUUUUUUUAAAACCUAGUUAGGUUCAGAAUGAAAUUAAAUUGAAUUAUGGUCGUUGACUAGCAGCAAUUAAAAUUUAGUGAUCCAUCAA